UUCACAAAAAUCUUUCACUUUUUUUUUUCCAAUAAAAAAAAACCAAUUCCUUUACAAUGUCUCCAAAAGCCGAAAAGAAGCCAGCCGCCAAGAUCCCAGCUGAAAAGAAGCCAGCCGCCAAGAAGACCGCUUCGGCUGCCGAUGGCCCAAAGAAGAGAUCUAAGACCAGAAAGGAAACUUACUCCUCUUACAUUUACAAGGUCUUGAAGCAGACUCACCCAGACACCGGUAUCUCCCAGAAGGCCAUGUCCAUCAUGAACUCCUUUGUGAACGACAUCUUCGAGAGAAUCGCCACCGAAGCCUCCAAGUUGGCUGCUUACAACAAGAAGUCCACCAUCUCUGCCAGAGAGAUCCAGACUUCCGUCAGAUUGAUCUUGCCAGGUGAGUUGGCUAAGCACGCUGUCUCUGAAGGUACCAGAGCUGUCACCAAGUACUCCUCUUCCUCCGCUUAAGCAUACACCCCCCGCUUUACUUCAUUUUCUGGUUCUGGGUACUGUUUCAAUAAUGUUUAUGCUUAUCUCUUUUUCACUCUUCUACACCCUGGGUUAUAUGGUUUAUUUCUCUCACUCUUUCUUCAUUAUGCACAAGCAUAAUCUUUCUAUGUACAUUAGUUUUAUUAAUAAAACAUUGAAGUAAGAGUCUUACACAAGUGUAUAGCAAGCGAGUUGUUGAAGUGGCGAAACCGGUAUAUAAGUUCCGUGGCUGUGGGG